UUUCACUUUCAUUUAUCAGGAAGAGCAGCCACGCAGAGGAAGAAGUCAGUCAAAAUGUCAGACAAUGUUGACGACCAAGAGGAGCCCAUGGAAACUGAGGACGGCUCUGCUAACGAUGGAAAUCUGGGUCAACCAGUAUCUCAUGUUGCAUCUGUCCAGGGUGGGAAGAUUUCGUCACAGGAUGAAGAUGAAGAUAAAGAACUACUCAGCAUCUCAUUUAAGUGGUCAGAGUUUGAUCCACCACAGAAACCAGAUAGACAUCUUCAGCGACUUCUACAAUCUUGGUUCAACAAAAGACAAAAAAAGGCAGAUUGCACAGUUGUAAAGACCGUAGGAGAUGAUUGUGUCGUGAUAGAGAUUAAACCUGUCCCAGCUUUGAGUGAGCUUAGGAUGCUGCAUGGACAAAAACUUACCAGGAAAGGCGACAGUCCAAUCACCAUCACAUCUGUUAGUCUGACACCACCAGAGCUGGAUGCAGACAUACCAGAGGCUUCAGUGAACUCCUGUCCCUCCGUGUCACAGCCACAAGCUGAGCAAGUGGAACAGAGUAGCACAGCUUCUGCAGUAGGAGAAGAGACUUGCAGUUGUCCUGUUCCAGUGUCCCAUUUCUGGUAUGUGAGCCGCAUCUACGAAGAGGAACUUAAACGGAUAGAGAAGGAGAAUGGAGUUACAAUCAAGGCAGAUGUGAAAGUAACAUUUGAACCAGACAAGAAAGAUGGAGACCCACAGAAAGCUCUCAAUGAGUUCACAAAAAUCGUCCAGGAUUGCUUAAAUGAAUCCACAGGCCCAGUUAUUCCUCUCAAGUACGUAGAUCCAGAUCAGUGGAGUGAGGCACUGAAAGUUGUCCAGAAAAAUGAGAACAAGCUUUUACUUACUCUGUCCUCUGACAAAAUUUUAGUGUGCGGGCCAAGCAGUAGUCAAAAUGAUUUCAGUAGGACCUUAAAUGCAAUGCAGAAAAUAAAUAUGAAAGCUUCUCUUGAAGACUAUGAAUGGCCAUCUGAAGAAACACCACUGAUGAUUGACAUGACCAGUGACGACCCUCUUGUCAAAUCGGGACUAACCAUAGAGGAGAGCAACUGGAAGCUGCUGACUACCUCUUACGAUGAGCAAGUAGAAAAGAUCAAGGCUACAUUUAAUGUUGACUUUAGAGAAUCAGGCAUCACUAAAGGCAAAGUCGGUGUUAAAGCUUGCUACAAAGGAGCUGGAGGAAACAUCUCCAUGGAGAGCCAUGCUGUCAGAGCUCUUGUUCGUCUGUACCAGAAGACUGCCACAUCACCAAUGAGCUUCAAUCAACUCCAUGGUGCCACUGGGAUCAGUAGCUCGCUGAAGAACCCGAGCAGUGAUUAUCAGUCAGAGGGGGCCUCCAGUGCUGCUGUGGUGAUUGGAAGACCAGGACUCAGCAAGAAGGACACUGAAGCACCCACAGGAGGUGGAGCAGCAGCAGCAGCAGGAGAUGAUAAAGAUGAAACCUGUCCUAUAUGUAUGGAUGUAUUUACCAAUAAGCAACAACUCAAGUGUAAACAUGAAUUUUGUAAGGGAUGCCUGCAACGAGCUGAGGAAAGCUUGGGCCCCACCUGCCCUGUAUGCAAAGAUGUUUUUGGUGUGAUAGAGGGAGACCAGCCAGAUGGAACAAUGACAUGGACUACAUAUGCCAUGCAGCUGCCUGGAUUCACAGACUGUGGCACUAUAGUGAUCACCUAUGAUAUUCCAAGUGGAAUACAGACGGGCAAACAUCCCAAACCUGGACAGCACUAUGCUGGAAUUACCAGAACAGCAUAUCUUCCAGACAACAAGGAGGGAAAAGAAGUGCUGCAGCUGUUGAAACAAGCAUUUGCCCAGAAGCUCAUUUUCACUGUUGGGAUGUCCAGAACAACUGGGAUGGACAACCAGGUGACCUGGAACGACAUCCAUCACAAAACGUCCACUGCAGGAGGACCACAGAGUUUUGGCUAUCCUGACCCCAACUAUCUGAGCAGAGUCAGGGAGGAGCUGAAGGCUAAAGGCAUCAAGUGAAGAGUUUGAUGGAACGUGGAGUUCCAUCAAACUCUUCACUUGUCCCCUGAUUCUUUUCACCAAGUAUACAGACAAGCUAUUAAACAGUAAUUCAAAAUAUUUAGCUGUUUUUUCACUGGUAAUGUUUAAUGAGAUCAGUAAUGGUUGCUUGAAGUGCACUGGAAAAUAUUUACAGCUUAAGAGUUUAUUAUUUAGCAAUUUAUAUUAUCGACAUAUGCGUUUCUUUAAUGAAAUUUUUUUUUUUUUUUGAUUUUUGAGUUUUUCAACAUGUAUCAUUAAAAUGAAAUUUUCCUGUAAUUGCAACCUUAUCUCUACCACACAGAUGACAUGAUUUACUGGUGGUUAGCCAAAUAAAUGAUUAAAUUAA